AUGACGUAUACUGACUAUAUCUUGCGUCUCUAUUUACAUAUGAAAGUAUCGGAGAGGACAGCGAUAAGGGCUGCAUCUAAGGAGGUUUCUCAUGAAGUGAAAACUCUGAUGGAUACGGAGGCUAUAGAUUCAUUCAAGCAAACACAACACCUGCUAUUAGGAAGGUUGCAAGAUAGCAAUGCAAGUGACCUUGACUACAUAUUUCUCAAGUUGAGAAACAUCAAGUCCAAGAUUUUCGCCACUUAUCCUGAUGCGUUUCCAAAUGAAUCCUUGGAAGUUGUUGACACCGGACCAGACCUUGAGUUCGAGUACCCUUUUAAAAGCAAGGAGUAUGAAGUUACUAUUCACAGAAUAGUGCAAAUACCACAGUGUAAAAUUGAUUUUGCCCUUUGCAUAUCUUUGCCCUCUUUGCUUCACGUCUUUGCUUUUCUGAGUUCUUCCUUUCUUUUUCAUUUUCAUUUUCAAGAAGCCCUUGAUCUCUCUCUCCCUCCGGUCUCCUCCGCCCCCUUCGUCGUUCUAUUCCCUUCCAUCAAAUCUGUAACUUUCAUCAAAUCUCUGAGCUUCUUCCAGAAAUACAUCUUUGCCCUCACUUUUAAUUGCGCCAUCCACUCUGCCUUCAUGUCCCGUGUAGUCUUCAAUUCACCUUUCUCGGGUUCGAAUGAGGCAUAUUUUCUUGCAGUCACCCGUGCUGUUGGCAUGAUCAAGAUCGGGAUUCAUAGUCAGCUUUUCUUAGGUAAUUUGCAACCAUCAAGGGACUUGGGAUUUGUGGAAGACUAUGUAGAAGCAAUGUGGUUGAUGCUUCAACAGGAAAAGCCUGAUGACUAUGUGGUUGCCACCGAGAAGUCCCAUAGCGUUGAGGAGUUUCUGGAAGCUGCAUUUGGGUACGUAGGAUUGAACUGGUGGGAUCAUGUGUGA